GCAGGCUCUGUCCGUCCGUCCGUGCGGCUCGGGGUCCGCCCGGGGCUGUGGCGAGAGCGGGCGCCCGGCUCCCUCCCCCGCCCGCCGCCGCUGUGAUUGGGUGGAAGAUGGCGCUGGGCGGAUGGAAAUCCUAAUGACAGUCUCCAAAUUCGCCUCCAUCUGUACCAUGGGCGCCAAUGCCUCGGCAUUAGAGAAAGAGAUUGGUCCAGAGCAGUUUCCAGUCAAUGAGCACUAUUUUGGAUUAGUCAACUUUGGAAAUACCUGCUACUGCAAUUCAGUUCUUCAAGCACUUUAUUUUUGUCGUCCAUUUCGGGAAAAAGUUCUAGCAUACAAGAGUCAACCUAGGAAGAAGGAGAACCUUCUUACAUGCUUAGCAGACCUCUUCCAUAGCAUAGCCACUCAGAAGAAAAAGGUUGGUGUAAUACCUCCUAAGAAGUUCAUAACAAGAUUACGGAAAGAAAAUGAGCUUUUUGACAACUACAUGCAGCAAGAUGCCCAUGAAUUCUUAAAUUACCUAUUAAAUACAAUUGCUGAUAUUUUACAAGAAGAGAGAAAGCAGGAAAAACAAAAUGGCCGCUUACCUAAUGGUAAUAUUGACAGUGAAAACAAUAACAGCACACCAGACCCAACGUGGGUUCAUGAGAUUUUUCAGGGAACAUUAACUAAUGAAACCAGAUGUCUUACUUGUGAAACUAUAAGCAGCAAAGAUGAAGAUUUUUUAGACCUUUCUGUUGACGUGGAACAAAACACAUCAAUUACUCACUGCUUAAGGGGUUUUAGCAACACAGAAACUCUGUGCAGUGAGUACAAAUACUACUGUGAAGAGUGUCGCAGCAAACAGGAAGCACACAAACGGAUGAAAGUUAAAAAACUGCCCAUGAUUCUAGCUCUGCAUCUGAAGAGAUUUAAAUAUAUGGAUCAGCUUCAUCGAUACACGAAACUUUCUUACCGGGUAGUUUUUCCGUUAGAACUUCGUCUAUUUAACACUUCAGGAGAUGCAACCAAUCCUGACAGAAUGUAUGACCUGGUUGCUGUUGUGGUUCACUGUGGAAGAGUAUGUAAUGAAGACUGGAAGAAAAUGACAUUUGUGUCACACAGCCCUAAACCUCCACUACCUGUGCCAGCGCUGUCUCCUCAUCUCUUAUUCUCAGCAGGAACCUUUCUCUUCCAUAUUUUGGAGCAUUCUGAGGGAAGGGUGAUGACAUCUGAAAGGAGUCAAACAAUAUCAGAUAAUUGGUCCCAAUCGAGGCCAUUAUAUUGCAAUAGUUAAGAGUCAUGAUUUUUGGUUGUUGUUUGAUGACGACAUUGUAGAAAAAAUAGAUGCACAAGCUAUUGAAGAAUUCUACGGGUUGACAUCAGAUAUCUCAAAGAACUCUGAGUCCGGUUACAUCCUCUUCUAUCAGUCUCGGGACUGAAUGGGAACUGUGAUGAAGAGAGGACUUUCUGCCUCAUUUCUUCUCUGGUUAUUUUCGAAAGGAUCAAGUACUGAUUUUUCAAGAAAAGAGAAAUGCAGGAAGCUCAGGGGGCAGCAGCACACUUUGCACACAAUAAAGCAAAGAAUCUGGAUGAACAAGCCCUUCCUAUCAUGGUAGUUGAUUUAUUUGCUCAGGUAUCAUGCUGUCUGUGCAGUUCAUACAACCAGUGAGUACAAGCAGAGAUACCAGCUCCUCUCAUCAAACAGCCUUCCAGUCAUUGGCAUGCGUUUUCUUUCUGUCACUUGCACCAGUAAUUAUUUGAACUCCUUGGGGUGCAGUAGAAAGAAUAGGAAUCUGUGCCAGGUUGUAUUGAUUAUGUAAGAAGACAAUAUUGAAUACACUGCAUCAACUUGCCUGUGUUCAGUAUGUAUAGAAAGCUUGUUCUGUGGUUUUCUUCAAGCAUAAACCAGAAAUACUUUUGGGCCCAACACUUGCAGUUGCCUUCCUGAUGUAAUAAACUAACAGAUACUAGAAUCCAGUGUCAGGAAGACAAAUAUGUUUUGCUUCUCUGAAGAAGCUUAUAAUAAUAUACAGUAUAUGUAUAUGUAGGGAACAAUUGGUCGAAAAAGGCUUUUUGUUUCCCCAAGGGGAAAGACUGGCUUUGUAAUUAUAAUUUUUUUCUUAUUUAUUUUACUUAAAACUGGUAGAGUCUAAGUAUUGUAUGAAGUGCCCAUGAUUCUGUCAGUAAAUUUGAGCAUAUUUUUAUUAGUUUUUGUCAGUUUGAUAUGUCCUUUUGUUUCUCUCUUUAAGGUGAAUUUUAAAUUCUAUUUGAAAUCAGUAAGAUACCUUAAGAAAAAUUUCAAUGAGAGGAGAUAAAUAUUCUUUUUCAGGAGGAACUGAUAUCUCUGGCUAAAUAUUUGUCCUUUUGUUAUAGUUCCUAAGUCAGUUAUUUUAUUCAGCUUUAAUUUUAGUAAAAUUUAAAAAAAAACUAUCAAAAUUCCCUAUAAAUGAUAAAAGAAUGAUAGAAUGAUAAAAGAAAUUCUGGUGCAAUGGUGGAAUGUCAGUCUUUAGAGUUCUGAAAUAUUCUGUUUAGAGUUGAGGCCACGCUUGGAAAAUUCAUGUCAUAACAAUUAUGUUAUUUUCAAAUGUCAUUCUUUACCCUGGAAAGAAGUAAUCCAUUCUUUAUAACCCCAGCACCAAGGGUAGCUAGCUACAAAACUCCUUUGGAGAUUAAAUUUUAAUGAAGCAGACCAGGAAUACAAAAAACAAUACUGUAAGCGCAUUCAGGAAUUGAAAUUUGUGUUUGUUAAGACUUCAUCCUGUUGGAGGUUUUUAAGAAGUAAUAUAUGUAAUGUAAAAUAUAUGUAAAACAAAUUAAGUUGCUGUUGACACUUUUCCAUGCAUCAGUAAGUUGUCUGAUAGUAGGCGAAUGUAACUUGCAGAAAAUAAUUGACUGUAUAUUCCAAAUAAUUGCAAUUGGGCCUUGAAUGUUCUUUAUCAAACCCUUUCAGGCAGUAGUCUCUCUCUCGUUUUUAAAUUGCUGUAAUUUUCUAAAGUUAUUUUACUAAAGCUGUUGAAUAUGAAAAA